AUGGACAGACACCGAUCAGCUUGUGUUGAGUUGGCCGAUUUCCUCUCUCACAAACAAAAUCCAUUGCUGACAGUUUCUACAAUAUCUAAACCAGUGCUCAAGUCUGAACUGAUAAUUUAUAUUUUAUCUGGCUUAGGGAGUGAAUAUGAGUCGGUGGUUACAACACUUACCAAUCGACCAGAUGCAGCAAAUUUCAGUAUUGUUGAUAUUAUGGGAGCACUUUUGAACCAUGAGAGCUGGCUUGAAGACCUAGCACUUGCAUCAGACACUCGAAGUGCAAAUCUGGCCGGCGUCCCUCCUAAGAAAAAUAAUUUUCAGAAGCCCCCGCAACGGUUCUCUCCAAACUUCAACAACAACAGAGGGGUAAAUACAUCCCAUAAUCAGUAUGAAAAUAAUUUUGAUCCCAAUUGGUACCCGGACUCUGGGGCUACUCAUCACAUGACCCCAAAUAUAGAUAAUCUGCAGAGUCGUACUGAGUAUACUGGACCAAAUCAAGUGAACGUCGGCAAUGGUCAAGAUAUCUGUCAUGUUCCUUCUAUCUGCAAGAAUUUAUUUUCUGUUAGUCGAUUUACAAAGAAUAAUGAUUUGUUUUUUGAGUUUCACCGUGGCUGUUGCUAUGUGAAGGAUUAUACGGGGAGAAUCCUCCUUCAAGGGGCCAGUAGAAAUGGGUUAUAUAGUUUUCCAACGUCAGCCACAAUCACACCCGAAGCACUUCUUAAAGAACAUACCUCACUUCGUGGUUAG